AUGGACAAACUCAAGGCCACGCUCUUCCAGGAGAAGAGGGUCGAUCUCGGCGCAGAGGAGAAGAACGUUUCUUCCUCGGAUAACGACGUUCCUGUUGCCUUGGCGGUGUCCAAAUCCCAGGAUUUCGACCCCAUCGACCAUGCUAUUGCUGCCCAGAUUUCCAACGACGGGUACGCCGCCGUCACAGUUGAAGAUGACUCGCCAUAUCCGGAAGUCAGAGCCUCCGUGCCUUCUACAGACGACCCGCUGAUUCUCCAAAGCACCGUCAGAAUGUGGGUGCUCGGUACCAUUUUGACCACCUUGGGCUGUGGUAUGAACUUGCUUUUCUCCUUCCAUAGACCCGCUUUCUCCAUCACAACCUACGUGACGUCCAUUUUGGCCUACCCACUUGGCCGUGCGUGGGAGUACGCUGUUCCAGACUGGAAGAUUUUCGGUGUUUCCUUGAACCCCGGUCCUUUCAGUUUGAAGGAGCACACCAUCAUCACCAUCAUGGGCUCGGUCUCCUUUGGCGGUGGUGCAGCUUACGCCACAGACAUCCUUUUGGCUCAGAAUAAGUUCUACAACUCCGACUAUGGUGUGGGUUUUGCUAUUUGUGCCAUUCUUUCCACACAAAUCAUCGGUUUCUCUUUGGCCGGUAUGGCGAGAAAGAUCUUGGUCGAGGCGCCAUCAGCAGUGUGGCCCGCCAACCUUGUCACGGCUACUUUCUUGACCAACAUGCACGUUAACGAAAAUCAUACGGCCAACGGCUGGAAAAUCUCCAGAUACGCUUUCUUCGCUAUUGUGUUUGCGUGCUCCUUUGUGUGGUACUUCUUCCCCGGCUACAUUUUCCAGGCCUUGUCCUACUUUGCCUGGCCUACGUGGAUUGCUCCAGAUAACGCUACCGUGAACCAGGUGUUUGGUGCCGCUUCUGGUAUGGGUUUGAUGCCAAUCACCUUUGACUGGAACCAGGUUGCAGGCUACAUUGGUUCUCCUUUGAUUCCUCCAGCUUCUGUCAUUCUCACCAUCGCCCUUUCCAUUGUGGUUAUCUACUGGAUCAUCGUGGCUGCUCUUUACUGGACCAACACCUGGUACUCCAAGUACAUGCCAUUGUCGUCUUCCGACUCGUACGACCGUUACGGUGAAGUCUACAAUGUGUCUAAAAUCAUGAACGUCAACGAGUUGACUCUUGACGAGCAAGCAUAUAAGAACUACUCCCCAUUGUUCAUGUCGACGACUUUCGCCAUUUCUUACGGUAUGUCGUUUGCCUCCAUUAUUGCUACUGUGGUCCACACUGCUCUUUUCCACGGUGAGGAUAUCAUGAACCAGAUCAGACAGAAGGAGAGACCUGACGUCCACCAGCGUCUUAUGAGAGCUCACUACAAGAACAUCCCAGAAUGGUGGUUUUUGAUUGUCUUCCUUGGUGCUUUCGCCCUUUCUAUUGUCACCAUCAGAUGCUGGAACACUGAGAUGCCUGUGUGGUCGCUUAUCGUAGCUCUUUUGAUUGCUGUUUUCUUCUUGUUGCCUGUCGGUAUCAUUUACUCCAUCACCAAUAUCGCUGUUGGUUUGAAUGUCGUCACCGAGUUCAUCAUCGGUUACAUGGUCCCAGGUAAGCCUUUGGCCAUGAUGUUCUUCAAGACUUACGGUUACAUCACCAACAACCAGGCCGUCACUUUUGCUCAGGACAUGAAGCUUGGUCACUACAUGAAGAUCAAGCCUAUCCUUCUUUUCUGGGCCCAAUUGUGGGCUACGAUAUGGGGCUCUCUUGUCCAGAUUGGUGUUUUGAGAUGGGCUUACGGCAACAUCGACAACUUGUGUGACUCCAAGCAGAAGAACGGUUACUCCUGUCCUAACGGUAGAGUGUUCUUCAACGCCUCUAUUAUUUGGGGUGCCAUUGGUCCAGGCAGAAUGUUCUCCCAGGGCCAGAUCUACUACCAGUUGUUGUUCUUCUUCUUGCUUGGUCUCUUGCCUGUGGUCAACUGGCUAAUUGUCAGGAGGUGGCCUAACUCCCCAGUUAGAUGGCUCAACUGGCCCGUCUUCUUCUCCGGUACCGGUUACAUUCCUCCAGCCACUCCUUACAACUACGUCAACUACUGUGCUGUGGGUAUCUUCUUUGGUGUCUUCAUCAAGAAGAGAUUCACCCACUGGUACUUCAAGUACAACUACUCGCUUUCCGCUGGUUUGGAUAUCGGUUUGGCAUGGUCCUCGUUGAUUGUCUUUUUGUGUUUGAGUUUGACAAAUGCCACUUUCCCAUCGUGGUGGGGCAACAGCAUCUUGGACAGAACUGCGGACUUGGCGAACACCGCCGUCAGUAAGACCCUUGCGCCCGGCGAGGCCUUUGGUCCAGACUCUUGGUAA